UCACGUCCCUUUUCCACUACAGGAAGUCAACGUGCCUAAGGUGCUCGGUUCUUCACCAGAAGCUAAGGCCCGAAAUCCGGCGACUAGCACCCUCACAUUUAGGCAUCCACUUCCAAAAAUACCAAAUCUAGCAUCUACAAUGGCAUCCGUAUCUGAGCUCGCUUGCAUUUACUCUGCUCUGAUCCUCCACGACGAUGAAGUCACCGUCACCGAGGACAAGCUGAAUGCCCUGAUCAAGGCUGCUGGAGUCACAGUGGAGCCUUUCUGGCCAAGUCUGUUUGCCAAGGCUCUGUCCAGCAUCGACAUCGGCAGCCUGAUCUGCAACGUUGGAGCCGGAGGUGGAGCUCCCGCUGCUGGAGGAGCACCUGCUGCCGGAGGAGCACCUGCUGCUGAAGCCCCAGCCAAGGAGGAGGAGAAGAAGGAAGAGUCUGAGGCCGAGGGAUCCGAUGAUGACAUGGGCUUCGGUCUCUUUGAUUAAAAUGUUUUUGUAAUAAAAAAAACAGUAAUACAAAAAUA